AUGUCUGAUCAAAACAUUCAACAAAAUAAAUAUGGCGAAUUGCGAAGUAUCUACAAAUACUACAUCGAUGCGUACAUUACGUUGUAUCAGCUGAAAACGGAAAAAGAAGAAGAUUUAAACUCGAUUUACCAAAUGAUCAAAACAGAAUUGAUUGAAUCAAAGAAACAUCUUCCUCAAAACAUCAUAAGGGAUAUUUUAGAUAUGAUCCCAUAUAAUAAUCGCUAUACAAAGUCGUAUUUAACUCUUGCCAAACUCAUAUCUGAUGAAUAUCAAGUCAAAGAUAUCAGCAAUGUUAACCCUAUUUCAAACUUCUUGUUUUACAAAGAGUAUGGAAUUAAAUUAAACAAGUCUACUAAUUUCGCAGAAAUUAAUCCAGAAAAUGUUGAUAUUCAUACAGAAAAUACAAUUUACAAAGCUAUUAUGUGUAAUGAAAAAGAACAAUUUAUUUCAUUCACAGAAAGAGAAGGAUUUGAUAAAGAUCAAAUUCUUAUUAGCAAAUUAUAUCCAAGUCUCUAUUUAUCUGAAAGAUAUACAUUGCUUGAAUUAUGCUGUUACCAUGGAGCCGUUGAUUGUUUCAAAUUCUUAAGAACAAAAUUUGACUCAAAAAUAACUGAAACAUGUCUUGUUUUUUCAUUUUUAGGAGGAAAUCCAGAGAUCAUGAGUGAAUGUUUGAAAUAUCAAAGACCAAAUGACAAAUGCAUGGAAUAUGCAAUUAUUUCACACAACAUUGAUUUUGUUGCAUUCUUGAUGAAUGAAUAUGAUAAAACAAUCAGUUUACAAGUUUGUGGAAUACAUAAAAUUCUUGAAGCAUUUUUAGUUUAUUUCGAUCAAACUGAUGCAUCUAACAAAUGUUUUGUUUAUUCCGCAAUGUUCAAUUUUCCAUCACUUGCCGAAUAUUUUCUUUCGCAUGGUGGAUAUAUUAAUGAAAAAGAUGAAUUUGGACAUACCGCUCUUCAUCAUGCGGCACGCAAUAAUAAUACCGAAAUGGUCGAAUUUCUCAUUUCACAUGGCGCAAACAUCUCCGAAAGAGAUUAUGAAUCGGAAACUGCUCUUCAUUAUGCAGCACAUUAUAAUUGUAAAGAAACAGCCGAACUUCUUAUUAGAUUUGGUGCCGAUCUUUCUGAAAGAGAUCAUGAUGGACAAACUGCUCUUCAUUAUGCAGCACAUUAUAAUUUUAAAGAAAUAUCUAAUCUUCUUAUUUCACAUGAUGCUCUUAUCAAUGAAAAAGAUAAGAAUGGAAAAACCGCUCUUCAUUGCGCUGCAUGUAAUAAUUGUCCCAAAGAAACAGCUGAAUUUUUUAUUUCGCAUGGUGCAAACAUCAAUGAAAAAGAUGGACAAGGAAAAAUCGCUCUUCAUUAUGCAGCAUUGAAAGACAAUAAAGAAACAACUGAAUUUCUUAUUUUGCAUGGUGCAAAUAUCAAUGAAAAGAUAAUAAUGGAAAAUCUGCUCUUCAUUAUUCAGCAGAAUACAAUUGUCAAGAAACAGCCAAUCUUCUUAUUUCGCAUGGUGCGAAUAUCAAUGAAAAAAGAUAAAUAUGAAAGAACCGCUAUUCAUUAUGCAGCAUUGACAAACAAUAAAGAAACUUCCAAUCUUCUUAUUUCACACGGUGCAAAUGUCAACGAAAGUGAUAAAUAUGGAAAAACUGCUCUUCAUUAUACAGCAGAAAAUAAUUUUAAAGAAACAGCCGAAAUCCUUAUUUCUCAUGAUGCGAAUAUCAAUGAAAAAGAUAAAUAUGGACAAACAGCUCUUCAUCUUGCAAUCAAUGCAAAUCAUAAAGAAGUAGCCGAACUUCUUGUUUCGCAUGGUGCAAACACCAACGAAAAAGAUGAACAAGGAAAAACCGCUCUUCAUUAUGCAGCAGAAUAUAAUAGAAAAGAAUUAGCCGAACUUCUUAUUUCGCAUGGUGCAAACAUCAAUGAAAAAGAUAGACAAGGAAAAACCGCUCUUCAUUAUGCAGCAUCGAAAAACAGUAAAGAAACAGUUGAACUUCUUAUUUCGCAUGGUGCAAACAUCAAUGAAAAAGAUGGAGAAGGAAAAACUGCUCUUAAUUAUGCAGAUGAUGAGAAUCGUAAAGAAAUGGCAGAACUUCUUAUUUCUCAUGGUGCAAUAAAGUAUUCUUCCUUCAACAGAUUCAUCUCUUCUUUAUUCGAAAAGAAAUAA